UAUCUCUUCUUCUUUGAGAACUAAUUUCUUCUUUUGUCUAUUGCAGAACUUCUCUCACCUUCCUCCCAUCCCAUCCCUAACACAAAUCUAAAGCUCAAACCUUUCCUUCCAUUUUGCAAAUACUCAUAAAUACAAACAAAGAGAAAGAGAAAGAGACAGAAAUGGCGGGUGGGGAUAGCAGCGGCACGUCAAGGCAGCUCGAUCAAACUCCGACAUGGGCAGUGGCCGGAGUUUGUGCCGUCAUCAUUCUAAUCUCCAUUGCUCUUGAAAAGGGUCUUCAUAAAAUCGGAGCUUGGUUCACAGCAAAACAUAAGAAAGCUUUGUUUGAUGCGUUAGAGAAAGUUAAAGCAGAAUUGAUGAUUCUGGGUUUCAUUUCUUUGCUCUUGACGUUUAGUCAAACUUACAUAGCCAUGAUCUGCAUACCUGUUAAAGUCGCCGACACCCUUUUACCCUGUCCUUUAAAGGAAGAGGAUCAUAAGAACGGCCGGCGACUUCUCUCAUACGGCCGGCGAAUCCUGGCCGCCGGAAGUGCUGGCCCCGGUUGUAAGAAAGGAAAGGUGCCACUUAUAACCGUUGAUGGUCUUCAUCAAUUGCAUAUCUUGAUAUUCUUCUUGGCUGUCUUUCAUGUUUUAUAUAGUGCAGCUACAAUGGCUCUUGGGAGAUUGAAGACUCGUCGAUGGAAGCAGUGGGAGUUGGAAACUACGUCCCACGAUUACGAAUUCUCGAAUGAUCCUUCGAGGUUUCGGCUUAGCCAUGAGACAUCGUUUGUUCGAGCUCAUACUAGUUAUUGGACGAAAAUACCUAUUUUCUUUUACAUUGGAUGUUUUUUCCGUCAAUUUUUCAGAUCAGUUAGCAAAUCGGAUUAUUUGACACUUCGAAAUGGAUUCAUUAGUGUUCAUUUGGCCCCGGGAAGCAAAUUUAACUUCCAAAAGUACAUUAAACGGUCUCUCGAGGAUGACUUUCAGACGGUUGUGGGCGUUAGUCCUGUAUUGUGGGCUUCGUUUGUUUUCUUCUUGCUACUGAAUGUCAAUGGUUGGCAAGUAUUGUUCUGGGCAUCCUUAGUUCCUCUAAUUUUAAUCUUAGCGGUUGGGACUAAGCUUCAAGAAAUCUUGACAAGAAUGGCACUCGAGAUUGCAGAAAGACACGCUGUCGUACAAGGAAUUCCUCUCGUACAAGGUUCUAACAAAUACUUCUGGUUCGAAAAACCGCAACUUCUCCUUCAACUCAUCCACUUCGCAUUGUUUCAAAACGCGUUCCAAUUGACGUAUUUCUUGUGGAUAUGGUAUGAAUUCGGGCUCAAGUCGUGUUUCCACAACAAUUUCGAGCUUGUUAUCGCCAAAAUCGCAUUAGGAGUGGCUAUUCUCUUCUUAUGUAGCUACAUCACUCUCCCACUUUAUGCUCUUGUGGCUCAGAUGGGUACACACUUGAAGAAAUCCAUUUUCGAUGAGCAAACGGUAAAAGCCUUGGAGAAUUGGCGCAAGGCGGUAAAAAAGAAGCACGUUGUUCCUAAGAAAGGAAGAUCUUCGACAAUUAAAUUGGGCGAGCCAAUUGAGUCGGUUAGCACGACCGUGCAUUCAAUUAGUUCGGGGGCUUCGCUUCAUCGUUUUAGGUCCACAGGACAUUCGAGUCACCCUUAUAGCUACGAGGACCAUGAUCAAUACUCUGAUGACCUUGAAACGGAUCCCUUAUCGCCCACACCUAUGGGUGGAAACUUGGUUUUGACUAUCCAAGACGAUAAGCCAGAACCUCACGAUAUUAUAAACACCGAUGAUUUCUCAUUCGCUAAGCCAAUUCCACCAUCCAAUUGAAGCAUCGCUUGAAAAAAAUUGUUCGAGGAAUCGAUUAGCUUUAGUUGGGUGGUCUACACUUCAUGUAAACUAGUUAGCCUACAUUUUGUUUUUUAUUUCUCUUUGAAUUUAUUGUUUGUAAUAAUCAAUUAAUGUUAAUGAUUUAUUUGUUUUA